AUGGCCCGCGCCCGGCCCUCCGUGGCGGGCGGCGGCGGUGCGGCGCCCCCUGAGCGUGCGGGGCCCGGGCGGCCGCGGAAGAGCCGGACCGGCUACCACUGCGACCCCGAGCGCCCCGGGCUGCGAGCGGCGCCCCAGACCCCCGGGCCGGGCGCGGGCCGGCGGGCGGCAAAGUUGAGGCCGGGCCGCGGGUGGUGGGCGCUGCUGUUGCUCCAGCUGCACUUGCUGCGGGCGCUGGCGCAAGAUGAUGUUGCACCGUAUUUCAAGACAGAGCCAGGCCUGCCACAGAUCCACCUGGAAGGGAACCGCCUUGUCCUUACCUGCCUGGCUGAAGGGAGCUGGCCUCUGGAAUUCAAGUGGACACACAACGACAGUGAGCUCACCACCUACAGCAGCGAAUAUAAGUAUAUCAUCCCCUCUUUACAGAAGCUGGAUGCCGGGUUUUACCGCUGCGUGGUGCGGAACAGGAUGGGAGCUCUCUUGCAGAGGAAAUCAGAAGUACAAGUGGCAUAUAUGGGGAAUUUCAUGGAUACAGACCAGAGGAAAACAGUUUCUCAAGGACAUGCAGCGAUUCUAAACUUAGUGCCCAUCAUCAGCUGCCCCAGACCGCAAGUGACGUGGUUUAGAGAAGGACACAAGAUUAUUCCAAGCAGCAGAAUAGCCAUCACAUUGGAGAAUCAGUUGGUGAUCCUCGCUACAAAAGAGAGUGAUGCUGGGGCUUACUACGUGCAGGCUGUGAACGAGAGGAACGGCGAGAACAAGACAAGCCCCUUCAUCCACCUGAGCAUAGCACGAGAUACUGGCACCCAUGAAGCCAUGGCCCCUGUCAUCGUGGUUGCCCCGGGCAACAGAAGUGUGGUAGCAGGGUCCAGUGAGACUACUUUGGAGUGCAUAGCCAAUGCCAGGCCUGUGGAGGAGCUGAGUGUGCACUGGAAGAGAAACGGAGUUCGACUCACAAGUGGACUGCACAGCUAUGGGAGGCGCCUCACCAUCAGCAACCCGACGUCGGCAGACACCGGCCUGUACGUGUGCGAGGCGACUCUCCGUGGAAGCGCAUUUGAGCCAGCCAGGGCCAAAGCCUUCCUCUCUAUCAUAGAGCCACCAUAUUUCACUGCUGAGCCAGAGAAUCGGAUUUUAGCUGAAGUGGAAGAAACCGUGGACAUCCCCUGUCGAGCCAUGGGGGUCCCUCUCCCCACCCUCCAGUGGUACAAAGAUGCUGUCCCCCUGAGCAAGCUCCAGAACCCGAGGUACAGAGUGCUCCCCAGCAGAGGCUUGCACAUUCAGAAGCUGAGUCCAGAAGACUCCGGAAUCUUCCAGUGCUUUGCCAAUAAUGAAGGAGGAGAGAUCCAGACCCACACCUACCUGGAUGUGACCAAUAUUGCUCCUGCCUUCACCCAGCGUCCAGUGGACACCAGGGUCACUGACGGGAUGACAGCUGUCCUGAGGUGUGAGGUGUCUGGGGCUCCCAAACCUGCGAUCACAUGGAAGAGAGGAAACCUCAUUCUGGCCAGUGGCUCUGUCCGGAUUCCAAGGUUCAUGCUGCUGGAAUCUGGGGGGCUGCGGAUAGCCCCCGUCUUCAUCCAAGAUGCUGGCAACUACACCUGUUAUGCGGCCAAUACCGAGGGCUCUGUGAACGCAUCCGCCACGCUCACCGUAUGGAAUCGAACGUCCAUCGUUCACCCUCCAGAGGACCGCGUUGUGAUUAAGGGGACGACAGCCACCCUGUGCUGUGGAGCCACCCACGACCCUCGGACCUCUCUCCGCUACGUUUGGAAAAAGGACAACGUGGUCAUCACACCAUCCAGCAGCUCGAGAAUCGUGGUGGAGAAGGACGGGUCCCUUCUCAUUAGCCAGACGUGGUCAGGGGACAUCGGGGACUACACCUGUGAGAUUGUGUCUGAGGGCGGGAACGACUCCCGAACGGCACGGCUGGAAGUGAUUGAGCUGCCUCACCCUCCUCAAAACCUCAUGGCCAGCUUGAGUCCUGCGCGAAGCCACUCAGUGACGCUGUCAUGGGUCCGGCCCUUUGAUGGAAACAGCCCAGUCCUUUACUACAUUGUGCAACUGUCUGAAAACAUGGUGACUAAGGUUUCUUUUUUCUCUCUUCUCCCCACGGUGCCUCCUGCCAUUCAUGGUGCCUUCCACCUCCAUGUGAGAACAGUGCCUACAGCACCGCCACAGAACGUGCAGGCAGAAGCUGUGAAUUCCACCACCGUGCACUUCCUGUGGAACCCGCCGCCCCAGCAGUUCAUCAACGGCAUCAACCAGGGAUACAAGCUUCUGGCAUGGCCAGCAGAUGCCCCUGAGAUUGUCACUGUCAUCACUAUUGCGCCCGACUUCCACGGAAUCCACCACGGGUACAUAACGAACUUGAAGAAGUUCACAGCCUACUUCACAUCAGUCCUAUGCUUCACCACCCCGGGGGACGGGCCUCCGAGCUCGCCUCAGCUUGUGUGGACCCACGAGGACAAACCGGGAGCUGUGGGGCACCUGAGCUUCACGGAGAUUCUGGACACCUCUCUCAAGGUCAGCUGGCAGGAGCCCCUGGAGAGAAACGGCAUCAUUAUGGGCUAUCAGAUCUCCUGGGAGGUGUAUGGGAAGAAUGACUCUCGGCUCACACACACCCUCAACAGCACAACCCUCGAGUACAAGAUCCAAGGACUGUCAUCUCUCACCACCUACACCAUCGAUGUGGCUGCCGUGACCGCCGCAGGUGUGGGCCUGACCACAUCGUCCACCAUCUCUUCGGGAGUACCCCCAGACCUUCCUGGGGCUCCAUCCAACCUGGUGAUUUCCAACAUCAGCCCUCGCUCAGCCACACUUCAGUUCCGACCCGGCUAUGACGGGAAGACAGCCAUCUGCAAGUGGAUCGUGGAGGGGCAGGUCGGGGCCAUCGGUGAUGAGGAGGAGUGGGUCACCCUCUAUGAGGAAGAGAAUGAGCCUGACGCCCAGACGCUGGAAAUUCCAAACCUCACACCCUACACACACUACAGGUUUCGAAUGAGGCAAGUGAACAUCGUGGGUCCCAGCCCCUUCAGCCAGUCAUCCCGGGUCAUCCAGACCCUGCAGGCCCCACCUGAUGUGGCUCCGACCAGCAUCACUGUCCGAACAGCCAGUGAGACCAGCCUGCGGCUACGUUGGGUGCCGCUGCCUGAUUCCCAGUACAAUGGGAACCCCGAGUCUGUGGGCUACAGGGUGAAGUACUGGCGUUCAGACCAACCAUCCUCAGCGCUGGCCCAAGUUGUCAAUGACCGGCUGGAGAGGGAGCUGACCAUUGAGGAGCUGGAGGAGUGGACAGAGUACGAACUGCGGAUGCAGGCCUUCAACGCCAUUGGGGCUGGCCCCUGGAGUGAGCUGGUGCGCGGUCGCACACGGGAGUCAGUCCCUUCAGCAGCUCCUGAAAAUGUGUCUGCUGAGGCUGUGAGCUCCACCCAGAUCCUACUGACGUGGGCUUCAGUCCCUGAGCAGGACCAGAAUGGGCUCAUCCUGGGCUACAAGAUUCUGUACCGUGCCAAAGACCUGGAUCCAGAGCCCAGAAGCCACGUAGUUCGAGGGAACCAUACACAGUCUGCCCUGCUGGCUGGCCUGCGCAAGUUCGUGGUGUAUGAGCUCCAGGUGCUGGCGUUCACACGUAUCGGGAAUGGAGUCCCUAGCUUGCCCCUCGUCCUGGAGCGUACCAAAGAUGACACCCCAGGUCCCCCCGUGCGGCUGGUGUUCCCCGAAGUGAGGCUAACUGCGGUGCGGAUCGUGUGGCAGCCCCCGGAGGAGCCCAAUGGUGUGAUUCUGGGGUACCAGAUCGCCUACCGCCUGGCCAGCGGCAGUCCCCACACCUUCACCACUGUGGAGGUGGGUGCCACAGUGCGGCAGUUCACAGCCACAGAGCUGGCCCCAGAAUCUGCAUACAUCUUCAGAUUGUCUGCUAAGACGAGACAGGGCUGGGGCGAGCCCCUGGAGGCCACAGUCAUCACCACUGAGAAGAGAGAGAGGCCAGCACCCCCCAGAGAGCUCCUGGUACCCCAGGCUGAAGUGACAGCCCGCAGCCUCCGGCUCCAGUGGGUCCCUGGCAGUGACGGGGCCUCCCCCAUCCGGUACUUCACGGUGCAGGUGCGAGACCUGCCUGGUGGAGAGUGGCAAACCUACUCCUCCUCCGUCAGCCACGAGGCCACAGCCUGUGCCGUCGAAAGGCUGAGGCCUUUCACCUCCUACAAGCUACGCCUGAAGGCCACCAAUGACAUCGGGGACAGUGACUUCAGUGCAGAAACAGAGGCCGUGACCACCCUGCAAGAUGUUCCAGGGGAGCCUCCAGGGUCUGUCUCAGCCACGCCACACACCACAUCCUCCGUCCUGAUCCAGUGGCAGCCUCCCCGGGAUGAGAGCCUGAAUGGCCUUCUGCAAGGCUACAGGAUCUACUACCGUGAGCUGGAGUCCGAGACAGAUGGGCCCGAGGCCAAGACACUCAAGAGUCCCUCUGCCUUACGAGCUGAACUCACAGCCCAAAGCAGCUUCAAGACCGUGAACAGCAGCUCCACAUUAACGACGUAUGAAUUAACACAUCUGAAGAAGUACCGACGCUAUGAAGUCAUCAUGACCGCCUAUAACAUCAUUGGUGAGAGCCCGGCCAGUGUACCUGUGGAGGUCUUCGUCGGUGAGGCUGCCCCAGCGAUGGCCCCACAGAACGUCCAGGUGACCCCCCUCACGGCCAGCCAGCUGGAGGUCACAUGGGACCCACCACCCCCUGAGAGCCAGAAUGGGAACAUCCAGGGCUACAAGAUUUACUACUGGGAGGCAGACAGCCGCAACGAGACUGAGAAAAUGAAGGUCCUCUUCCUCCCGGAGCCAGUGGUGAAAAUCAAGAAUCUCACCAGCCACACCAAAUACCUGGUCAGCAUCUCCGCCUUCAAUGCUGCGGGUGAUGGGCCCAAGAGUGACCCACGUCAGGGACGCACACAUCAAGCCGCUCCCGGGCCCCCCAGCUUCUUGGCCUUCUCAGAAAUAACCUCCACCACCCUCAACGUGUCCUGGGGGGAGCCAUCUGCAGCCAACGGCAUCCUACAGGGCUAUCGAGUAGUGUAUGAGCCCUUAGCACCCGUGCAAGGUGUAAGCAAGGUGGUGACAGUGGACGUGAAAGGGAACUGGCAGCGGUGGCUGAAGGUGCGGGACCUCACCAAGGGAGUGACCUACUUCUUCCGAGUCCAGGCGCGGACCAUCGCCUACGGGCCAGAGCUCCAGGCCAAUGUCACUGCGGGGCCAGCCGAGGGGUCCCCAGGCUCUCCACGAAAUGUCCUGGUCACCAAAUCUGCCUCCGAGCUGAGCCUGCAGUGGACAGAGGGACAUGCUGGGAACACUCCUACUACAGGCUACGUCAUCGAGGCCAGGCCAUCAGAUGAAGGCUUAUGGGACAUGUUUGCAAAGGACAUUCCCCGGAGCGCUACAUCAUACACCGUGGGCCUGGACAAACUUCGGCAAGGGGUGACCUACGAGUUCCGGGUGGUGGCUGUGAACAAGGCAGGCUUUGGGGAACCCAGCCGCCCUUCCACAGCGGUGUCAGCACAAGCUGAAGUCCCCUUCUAUGAGGAGUGGUGGUUCCUGCUAGUGAUGGCGCUCUCCAGCCUCCUCCUUGUCCUCCUGGUGGUCUUCGCACUGGUCCUGCAUGGGCAAAGCAAGAAGUACAAGAACUGUGGCACAGGUAAGGGCAUCUCCAACAUGGAAGAGUCAGUGACCCUGGAUAACGGAGGGUUUGCCGCCUUGGAGCUCAACAGCCGUCACCUCAACGUCAAAAGCACCUUCUCGAAAAAGAAUGGAACCAGAUCCCCACCCCGACCAAGCCCUGGAGGUCUGCACUACUCCGAUGAGGACCUCUGCAACAAGUACAAUGGCGCUGUGCUGACCGAGAGUGUGAACCUCAAGGAGAAGUCGGUGGACGGGUCAGAAUCCGAGGCCUCCGACUCAGACUACGAGGAAGCCCUGCCCAAGCACUCCUUCGUCAACCACUACAUGAGCGACCCCACCUACUACAACUCCUGGAAGCGGCGUCCCCCUGCCGCAGCACCGCACAGAUACGAGGCGGUGGCAGGGGCCGAGUCGGGCCCGCACCUGCACACGGUCAUCACCACACAGAGCGCGGGCGGAGUCUACACACCAGCUGGCCCCGGAGCCCGGGCCCCCCUCACCGGCUUCUCCUCCUUCGUGUGACGUCACGCCUCCAUCAGGGUAGACGGGUGCAGAACUUCUGGAGUCUAUUUUUGUUAAGACAAUCAACUCCGAUAACUGAGCUGAAAUUUUUUGUUCCACAAAAAAAAUAAUAAUAAUUCUGAUAAGCGAUCUUACCUACUGGUGAAAACUAGGUUUCACUUAGGAAGGUUUUUUUUUAAUGGCUUUUUGUAACAUCGCUGCAGGAAGCAGGUUUCUUUGUUUUCUUUUCUUUUUAAGAGAAGGUAUCUCCCUGGUGCACUAGCUCGGCACCGCCGGCGGGGGCGCUCUCGACACACCCCAACCCUGGGCUUCUCAGGCCUCCAGACCAUGGCGGAGGCGAGGGCUGGCAGGAGGGUGGAGGGGGACAGGUAAAUCGCAUCCGCCGCCCACUUCUCUCUCUACCUCCUUUUGGAGAACCAGCCAGCCUGGCUCACUUUCUCCAUCUUAGGCCGACUUGAGGCUUCUUGCUCUCGCCUGUGCUUCAGACCGUUGAUCUCCCCACCCCACCCCCGGGCUCUGCCCGGUUCUCACCGGGGUCCACGCGAUGCCACUGCGCAAGGGGCCGUGGAGGACUCAGCUCUGCAGACCCUCUUUAGGGUGGUGCGACCCUGGGGCUUUGCCCUCGCUCUUCCUCUGUUCUCUAAAGCUGACAGUUACAAGAACAGCAAGUCCCUCCCCCAACUGGAGGCCACCCAGGCCCAUCCAUGGCCAGCCAGGUCCUUCUGGUGACCACAGCACACAGCACACAGCCCACCCCCGCUGAGCAAAGGGAGGGGCGCAGACGCGUGUUUUUGCAGUUGCUUGUGGCAGUAGCAGGUGUGCAUUGUUGAACCAGAGUAUUUUUUAAAUCUUUUUAUCUUUUUUUAAACUAUGUCACAUGAAAUGAAUGCGUCUUUGCUGUCUCCAGGUGCCUUUUAAUUCAUUGUUCAGCUUUGUACGUGGGAAAGACGAGAAGCGACCGUGUCUCCAAAUAAAACACUCGGCUCUGAGAAAACAACCUGGGGCCGCGAGUCACCUAGCACACCCCACACUGGCCGGCACAGUGGGGACAGCCCUUCCCUUCCCCCUCCUGAUGUCCCGCUUCUGACCCCCCACCCCCGGUGCUGCUUCCGCCACCCUGCCGUCCAAGGCCAGCGUUUUAGCCUUAACAGGUUUUCUGAAAACAUUUUCCUUUAAUUUUCACUAUUUUGGCUAAAUGCAGAGUACCAGCUAAGUGGCACUCAGACCCCAUGAGCGUCCUGCCGCCCCUAGCCUGGGCUUGGGAUCUGGAUGUGACCAGCUGGCUUUGGCCAUGGUGUGGCCCAGAGCUGGGGUGGCUCCAUGAAACCACGUCCUGGAGCACUCAGAGCCAAUGAAAAAGGUCUGUCCUCCUAGUGACCUUGGCAUCCUGCGGAGGGGACAGGCUGUUUCAUGUCACCAGUAGGGGACUUUGUAGCCCUUUACUUUCCCUGAGAGGCAGAGGACAUGGAUCUUGUCUUGACUUGGAUGCCUAGGAAGUUACUGGCAUGGCCCCAGGACCCCGGAAGUUCUGCUUGGGAGAAAAAAAAAAUUAAAGGCCUUUCAGUUUUUCCAAAACCCACAAUAAAAAAAUUCCAGCCCUCCUCUUCCCUUCUCCUCUUGUUCCUUCUUUCCCUCUCCCUCCCCUUAUCCUUCCUUC